GGCAUGGAGCUCUUUCAGCUGUUAUUAUCUGCGCUCUUUUUCGUGAAUGUUUUGGGUGCGGAGGGUAUACGAUAUGUGAAAGUGAUGUUAGGAGACUCGUUUAUUCUUCGUGGAAACUGUCCGACUAAUGUAGAGGAAAAACUUCGCCAAACAGAGCCUGAGUCCCGGGAUGUCGCUGCGCGCUUAAACGGAGUUUGGAGACCAGAGAAAGGUUUCGGAGAUCGCAUCAGUCCCAACUCCUCUGUCGUCUUUAACCGCGCAGUUUACACUGACAGCGGAGUUUAUGUGUUCGUGUGCGGACGUAGGGUGGUGUCUGAGGUCCAGGUGGAAGUUUUCGUGUUCUCAGAAUCAUCCGUCACAGAGGGAGAAGCGCGCAGCCUGUCCUGCUACUAUCCAACUAUAGAUGGCACCUGCUGGUCUGUGCGCUGGGUUAAAGACGGGGACGAUGUGUUAAGGAGAGACUCGUGCGGUGGUAACAGUAAGUGGGCUGCUGAUAGUCGACUGUCUCUGUCAGCUGAUUGGCUCUCACACGGAGACCUGUCCUUAAACCUGCAGCGGGCUCGGAGGGAAGAUCAGGGGGAUUAUUUCUGUUACAUCCAAAAAGAAGGUAGAGCGGAACAGAGAGGGACACCAGCUGCUGUGAGGCUGAAGGUCAGUGAGAGAAGCCCGGAUCAGACCACCAGCACUCCUCCCCCUACAUCGGUGUGUCCAACACAGACGACUUCAGAAGUAAGCGGACUGGGAACUCUGGCCGCUGUCUGCAUCACAGCUGUGGUCUUUUUGGUUUGCGGCCUUGUGUGUGGAUGGCUGAUGAAAUGUCACUGCUCCACGUACUUGUCACGUCUUCUCCGACGCUUUGGACCCAGAGAUGAACACCAUGAUGUAAAUGGGGCGUCGGAGCCUCUGAGCCAUCGCCCUCCUCUGCAGAUGAAUGGCCACAAUCCAUCAAAUACGUCCCAGGCAGACGUCUGAAGACUUUUAGGAUCAAUACCUGGCAACCUUUAACUUAUUAAUGCGCUUCAGCUUAUUUAUGUGUGCAGCUUAUAAUUAUUAUUAUGCAUUUUACACCGAUCAAAGCUUUCAUUUAUUGUCUUAAUUUCCUUUUUUUUGUAAUAUCUUGCUUCAGCUGUGUGUGAUUAAAUAAACAGUGUGCUUACACCACUGCCUGA